AUGUCCUGUGAAUCCACCAUACUACUCAAGUUCAAUUGCCAAAACAUGUCUAGUGACAUAACUGAAUUGAGAAUAGUCUCUAGUUGGAAUCGUGGUCGUAUUUUAUCGAAUUCGACGAUUAGCUCGGGACUUUCCGACCUUUUCGACGAUUCUGCUCUUGGCGGGUUUUCGGAUCAAUGUGAUCAUAAGCUAGCCAUACAGACGACCGGAGAAAUGAACAUCAUCCUUGACACUCUGAACCAGUCCCUGGCAGAGAUUUUGAUCAAGAAAUCUCUGUCUGAUAUCGCAGAAACUGAUGAUUUGACGGUCAAGGUUGCUGGUUUGGCGGAUCUGGAGGAUCAGAAUGAACAAGGUGAUACAGCGACUAGUGAGGACUACAAUGCUGCUCUUAGAAUCAAAUGCACUGAACUUAGAUUUGAGGCUGAUCUUCAAGAAAAAAUCGAAAACAUUUGGGACGGUUUUGACAAGAAUAUGGCUUAUCUGAAGGAGUGUCCUGUCUGUCUCAAGUCUCCAAAGGAAGAAGAUCCAAAAGAGUCACCAAUUGUUACCUCUUCAAAUCAAAAAGAGGUAUGUAAGAAUGCUGAGGAGACAAACAACCCGGAACCAGUCUCCUGCGGAAGCAAUUGUGUCAAAACAAUUGAUGGUGCAACGGAAGCGCUGUCUCGGAAACGCUCCAAGAAAAGGAAGCGCUCCAAGAAGAGAGGAAACAAAUCUCAUCUGAAUUGCGGAGUUACUGGGGAAAGCGGCAGAGAGACCACUGCCGACGUCUCUGCCCAGGCACCCGAGGAUAAAACACCAGUCGACCACUCGCUUUCUAAGGACCUCAAGUGUACCAAAGGUAAUGAUGUUUGUAAGAACGAGGGUGAUGAAGUUUGUGAGACCAAGCAGGACGAAAGUGAAGACGACAUCGUAGCUCCCUCCUUGACUAUGGCAGAGGUUAGCUCAAUGGGCUUCAUCGAAAAGAAACAUCAGGAUCUAAAGGCAUGUGAAGUGAAAGACUUGAAAGCCCAGGGAAAUUUUAAGGAAGUGGGCAAUGAUGGUUCUGGUUCAGUUUCAGAAUUUGGCAAGGCCAGUGAGAAUUCUGCUUGCAAGAGACAUGGCCCUUUCGAAGCCAACGAAUCAGUCUGCCCUUCUUGUCAGAACGCCGAGCCAUGCAAUCAUCGUUGCCUUAAGAAUACUCCUCCUGAACUUCCUCCUCGCAAAGUCAUUGAAGCAGAUACAAAUCCAUCUUGCGACUACUCUUUGGAACUAGCCGAGGACUCCAAAAAUGAUAUCAUUGCAACACAUACAUCCCGGUUCAGUCGCCUGAUCGAAUGGGUACAGAGUGUAUUUGGAACUACCUCGAAAGCGCCACGUACCAGUCCAAUAGAGAACUUGGUGUUGUUGUUCAACGUCGAGAACAACGACCACAGUUGUCCAGGACAAGAGGAUGCCAACCCAUCACAGGCUCUGACCUUCCUCAAAUCUUCGGAUAUCUUUUCGAGUCUGGAGCAUGCCGGUGGGAAGUAUUACAGUCCUACAGAGUCUGCCUUUCUGCCUUGGGUGGAUGGUCUGCCCCGGCUCAGUCCGUUUUUGGAUCUGGCGGGAUCGAAGCCCAAGUCGUGGCGCCGCCGAAUCUCAACGAAGAGAAGAAAAAUGACCAAAGCGUUGAAAGGAUACCUUUGGAAGAAGGAAACACCGCAGAUAGAUACGUACUUUCUUCUUCCAACGUCCGAACACGACUAG